AUAAAUUAUGUAGGUACAGCAGAGGAAAAAAAAACUGUUCUACAUUUUCUUUCUACACAAUUAAUUAUCUUGUAAUUAACAAUGGACGGGAAAAAAAUAUUAUUCGGUUUUAUGAAGACGAAGAAAAUAGAGAAACCUGUUAUUGAGGAGAAAAAAGAAUUUAUAGAAUGCAUGGAAGAAAAAUCGAUUAAGGUCGUUGGUGGAGAAGAAAUUAAAGAGGAAGCACCGUUAGUUAUACCAAUGAAGCCAAACACUUUAGUGACAGCUGAUAGAAUGAAACAAAUAGCUGAAGAAGUCGAAAGUGUACUAAAUGAACCUGAGCCAGAAGAAAAAAAAAUCCCUAAGCAAGAGAAGACACCUGAAAAUGAAACAUUGGACCAAAUGGUUGUCAGAGAACUUCUACAAGAUGUGAAGAAGGAAAUCAAGCUAGAAACAAAAGAGUUGACAGUACCAAUACCUGCUCAACCAGUGCUCCAUGGAAAGAAAGAGUCUACAUUAGAAGACUAUGAAGAUGUUCCAAUACAAAAAUUUGGAUUGGCAAUGCUCCGAGGCAUGGGCUGGACACCAAGUAAAGAAACAUCAUCAUAUAAGCAACCACAGCUUCGUCCAAAGGGUUUGGGUUUAGGUGCAGAUAAAGUUGUAACAGAAAAGAAAAAAACAGCUGUCACUGAAAAAGGAGAAGAGCUUACAAUUGUGAAGAACUCUUAUGUGAAAAUUACUUCUGGGAAAUACAGUGGCUAUUAUGGUAAAGUGGUAAGCUUAGAUGAAGACAAUGGCCGUGUCGUGGUUGACAUCACAGUGAAGAAGGAGACUGUCAGUUUGAGCGAAUUCAUGAUGCAACCAGUAACCAAGGCUGAAUUUGACAAGGAAUCAAAAGUCAUAAAUGCAGAUUCCUUUGAAGAGUACAAAAGAGCUGAAAGGAAACCUCAAAAAGUGUCCAGAAAUGACCCUACUAAAGAUAAUAGGGAAGCAACAUCCAGUAAAAAGGACACAAAGAAUGGAGAUCCAAAAGAUGACAGAAACUCAAGAAAAGAUUCAGAUGAAAUUCAGGAUUUAAAAAGAAGAGACAAAUACAAAAGAGAUUCUUCUGACAGUGAAGGAAGAUCUAGAAAACCUAAGAAAGAGAAAAAGAAAAAGAGGAGGCAUAGUAGCAGUGAUUCCUUUAGUUCUCUUUCUGAUUCAGAUAGAAAAAAACAUAAAUCGAGUAGGAAACGCUACACCAGUACCGAGACGGACUCAGACUCUCCCAAAAGAGAGAAACGAAAAAGAACACCAGAGAAGAAGAGAGAUAUAGAUAAGAAACGAAAGGGCAAGAAGAAGAAGAGAGACAGGGAUCGGUCGCCGAACUACAAAAAGCAUAGAAAAUAAGUUGAAUUUUAAUUUAAAUCAAUC